AUGCUAAUGAGCUGCUGGCUGGGAACGGACUCGUGUCUGUCCGAACUGUUAGGAGCUAAGAUGGAGGACAGGGGAGGGCGAAAUAUGGAUCUGGACGCAGUUUUGUAGUUCGCUGGAGUUUCUUUCUUCUUUUCCGUACUUAUGGCGGAACUUUUUGGAGUUGACAAUGCCUAGAAAGGGGAAUGGACAGUUGCCGUUACCGGACGGCUGGGAACAGGCGACGGAUUACGACGGCAAAGUAUUUUAUAUCGACCACAAUACCAAGCAAACCAGCUGGGUUGACCCUAGGGACAGGCAAACGAAGCCCUUGUCAUUCUCCGACUGCGUGGGUGAUGAGUUGCCCUGGGGGUGGGAGGCGUCGUACGACCCCCAGGUGGGCACCUUCUACAUCGACCACAUCAAGAGGAAUACUCAGCUGGAGGACCCGCGGAAGGCAUGGCGUGGGGAGCAGGAGCGCAUGCUGAAGGAGUACCUGACGGUGGCCCAGGACUCGCUCAGCGCCCAGAAGGAGCUCUACCAGGUCAAAGAGCAGCGGCUGGCACUCGCCCUUGAUGAGUACGUGCGCCUCAACGACGCCUACAAGGAGAAGUCCAGCUCGCGCACCAGCUUAUUCUCAGGAUCAUCAUCAAGCACAAAAUAUGACCCUGACAUCUUAAAGGCAGAGAUCUCGACGACUAAAGUCAGGGUAAAUAAGCUGAAGAGAGAGUUGUUACAGAUGAGACAAGAACUUCUCUACAAAGAGCAGGGCUUUGAAACCCUGCAACAGAUUGACCAAAAAAUGUCCGGAGAUCAGAGCGGCUACCGGCUGAAGGAGGCCAAGGCCAUCGUGACCGAGCUCAAGUCCCUCCGCAAGGCCAUCAGCUCUGGGGAGAAGGAGAAGCAGGACCUCAUGCAGUGUUUGGCCAAGCUGAAGGAGCGGUUCUAUGCUCAGAAUAUGGGUCGGUCGGAACCUGACCUGCGGAACGCAGCAAGAUCUCAACCGUCGCUCUCCAGACAGACAUUGGACGCUGGCUCUCAAACAGACGUCUCCGGAGAGGCCGGUUUGAGGAGCAGGUCAUCUGUGGCUGAAAAGGUCAGAUUGAGCCUACAGUAUGAGGAGGCCAAAAGAAGUAUGUCCAACCUGAAGAUCGAACUGGCCAAGCUGGAGGGCGAGGCGUGGCCGGGCUCGGUGGAUGUGGAGCGCGAGCGCCUGCUCCUGCUCAGCGAGAAGGAGGAGCUGCUGAAGGAGCUGCAGUUUGUGUCGCCGCGGCGGCGUUCCGUGGCCGAACUCCAUCGGCUGGAGCAGGAGCGCUCGCGCCUAGAGGAGGACCUGCAGGCCGUCAGGACCACACCCAGCCAGGCCCUGGCACAGAGGCUGAAAAUUCAGGAGAGGCGGCGGGUUCUUGUGCAGAGGCUAGCAGAAUCUACACGCUUGGCGACCAUGCUCCAGUCCCAGCUCAAAAGUCUGUCGGCCAGCACCCUGUCAGUGUCGUCGGGCAGCAGCCUGGGCUCCCUGGCCUCCAGCCGCGGCUCCCUCAACACCUCCAGCAGCCGCGGCUCGCUCAACUCCCUCAGCUCUGGGGACCUGUUCUACAGCAGCCAGCCUGACAGCGCCCCGCUAGACCUGGACUACCAGUUCAAGCUGGACCUCCUGCUCCAGGACCAGCUCCCGUCCUCCUCCUACGGGCCCCCGGGCCCCAUCACCACCAUCCAUGAGCAUGAGGUGGCCAAGACCCCUUCCUCUUCCUCUUCCUGUACGGGGCACCCUUCUUCUCCCCCCGGCAUUCCCUUCUCCACCAACCCCCACUCUGACGGCCCUGGCCCGGCCCACUGCGUGCCACCCAAGUCGGCUGAGCCCUCCAAGUCGGUCACGUCACUGUCAUCACGCUCCUCGCUGUCCUCGCUCUCACCGCCCGGCUCACCACUGGUGCUGGAGUGCACGGCCCUGCCCCCCUUGGCCCAGGACGCCCCCACACAGGACUACGGUGAAGGGGAGCUGGUGGGGGACUUUGCUGGGCUGGGCUUCUACGAGAGCACGCCGGUGUUUGACCCCGAGAGCGGGGACAAGGAGAUGGGUGAGGGAGUGCGGAGGGUACCCCUGACCACUCUACAAGAAGGCAUGACGGAUGUGGAAUUUGCACGGCAUUCUGCGGACUCUCUGGAGGACAAGCCGUCGUGUGUGUCUGCUGCCGUGUCAGACGAGUCUGUGGCUGGUGACAGCGGCGUGUACGAGGCGUCUGUCAAACGGUCAAAUGAAGCCGAAGACCCUGUAUAUAUUGAGGACGAGCCAAUUCUACCUGAGACAGCCCAAGUUCAGAUGGGGAUGAAGUACGACGCAGCCACCUCCAGCUUCAUCAUGGUGCUCAUGCAGCUGCAGAACUCCACCGCCCUGCUGCUGCCAGCUGCCUCGAAAGUGUACCUGCGCGUGGCGCUGCUGCCCUCCUCCAGCGACGCCAGCUGUCUGUUCCGCACGCGGGUGCACGCGCUGGCCGAGCCGCUGGUGCUGAGCGAGGUGUUCCACGCUGAGGCCCCGCUGGCGCUCCUCCGCCUCAAGACGCUGCGCAUAGACGCCUGCACCGUGGGACACACACACCACGAGGAGUGCCUGGCCGGAGUGCAGGUUUCUUUGGGUGACGUGUGCCUGAGCGGGGACAUGAGCAGUGUGUGGUACAGCCUUCUACCCUGCAGGAGAACCAGCAAGGAGCGCACCCCUCCACCACUGGACCUGGAUGCCGUGUCGGCCUUGCUGCAGAGGACCUCGACUGAGUUGGAGGCUGUGGAGCAAGAGCUGGCUCGCGAGGAGAGCCUGGGAGAAGAAUGGUUGGCCAUGCUGGACGAGCCUAGCUCAGAGCUAGUCCUAGGACAAGAAGACAGAGAUGAGGAAGAGGACGAGGAAGAAGGAGAUGACAAGGAAGUGAAGGGCUGUGCAGAAAUGGACGAGUGUGAGGAAUCUGUUGGAGCGUGUUUAGGUGAAGUGAAGGUGGAGGAGGAAGAGGUGGGGAGUGGAGCAGAGAGAACCGAGGAAGUAGAAGAGGGCAGCAGAGGAGGAGGGGAAGAAAGACUUCCUGUAGCGGCCGAAGGGCCAGCACUGGUGGACAAGGAAACCAACACGGAAGCGGCAUUGCGGGACGGGCUGUCUGUGAGGCCCAAAGACAGGCCGUGCCUGGGUCCGCGUCAGCAGAGGGGUUUCGUCAGGAACAGCCUGAUCCUGCGCUCGCAGACCUUCUCCCCGGGAGAGCGUAGCCAGUACAUCUGCAGGUUGAACCGGAGCGAUAGUGACAGCUCCACGCUAUCCAAAAGGUCGCCCUUCAUUCGCAACGCCUCCGAGCGCCGCAGUCUACGAGUCAAACGGACGCUGUGCCAGCCGGCGGUGCACGGCGCGGGCUCAAAGCAGGUGGCCCGCACCUCCCUGGACCUGGAGCUGGACCUGCAGGCGUCACGCACGCGGCAGAGCCGACUGAACGGCGAGCUGCAGACGCUGCGGGAGCUGCGCGCGCGCCUGGAGGCAAUGAGGGACGGAGCGGACGCAAGCGGGGCCAAGGCCAGCCCCCAGCAACCACCCCCGCUCCCUGCCGCCGUGCUGCAGGAUGAGCGCUUCCACAGCCUGCUGAGGCAGGCCGAGAGACAGGCCGAGCAGUCGAAGGAGGAGCAGAGGCAGGAGCAGAAGGCGGACAAGCUGAUGAGGAGGGCCUCGAAAGACGUGUGCCGCCUGCGUGAACAGAGCCAAAAGGUCCCCCUCCAGGUUCAGUCAUUCAGGGAGAGGAUGGCCUACUUCACACGUGCAAAGAUUCAUAUACCCUCCUUGCCAGCUGAUGAUGUAUAAUCAUACUUAACAGCAAACAAUGAAGUAUUUUUCUUGACUUUAUAGAGUAUUUUAAUAGUGUAGUCUCUAUAAUGAAAACUAUAAAAAAAUUGUAGUUUUUCACAAUGUAGGUUAAUGUAUUUGUAUAAAAAAAAGGUUGGAAUUGAUUUUUUUUUUUUAUAAAGAUGAAAAUAAUGGUGUCUGUUUUUUUCUCAGAGAAAACCAAAGUAGGGUCAUUUUGGUACAUGUAUUUGCUAAGUCAUGGUGAGCCUGUACAGUUUUGUAAAGGAAUGAGGAAGGAGUGAAGGAACAAGAAAUGUGACUGCUGCUCCUCGUCUGUGUGUCUGUGUGUGUUUCUGUGUCUGUUUUUCACCUUAAACAGGGACUUUUAGUCUCAGUGUUAAGUGAAUAGGUGUGUGUGGUUAAGAGAGAGAAGGAUAGAGAUAGAGAUGUGUGUUCUGUUUAAAGCCGGUGCUUCACUUUGGUCUGUGUAUUCUGAUCCAACACAACUUUGUUCUUGUGAAUGUAAGCAGUCAUUUUCUCCCAUGUCUUAUUUAACUGCACUGAUUCCUGCCUCUCUCUCCCCCCCUCCCUCUGUCUUGGUUUAUGAAAUGGCUGUCAGUAUUGUGCUGUGGUAGUGACAUGGUAUUUUUCUUCAGCACAAUCCCCUGUGGAUGCUCAUCCCCCCCUUUCCUCAUCUCCCCCUUCCAGCGCUUUUUGAUCAAAACCAAGGGAAGCAGCUCUGCUCAGUGUUUAAAGACUAGCUCAUAGAUGGGAUAAAUGAGAUCCAAGUCCCAAGGCUCCUUGGCCAGAUGAAGGAUUUUCAUUUUCCAAAAUGUCUCUCUCAGCUGUCUCAACCCCUGCAGGUGUGUGUUUUUUUUUUUAUAGGUGGUGCUGUACCUUCUGUGAGCGUUUUCAUGUCUUUGUUUUGUUUUUAAGACUGACAUGCAAGACAUCUCAAAAAGCUGUCAGUAUUUUGGAAAGAAAAAUAUGUAGGUAAUGUUACAGUUGUCAAGUUAGGAAUGAACAGUGUAGUCAAUGUCCUGAGAAAUUGAAAGCGUCCGUUUCCCUGAGGUGAGCAAGAUCUCUAUCUCUGGCUACAGCUCGUACCAGCCAGAGCUGCUUUACUCGCGUCAGUCACUGAAACACAGAUGCCAAUCCUGAUGGGCUCAGUGAGCUGUUUUAGACCAGCAGCCAGAUAGAAAGCACCUUUUAUUCUGAACAGUCUACAUCAGCACCUGCCCCAACAAUGACCGUUUUUUAUUUAUAUCCCAGUCGUGUCUUAUUUAUGUGUGGGUUUUUUUUUUUUUUUUUUUUUUUUUUUUAUAAAAGAAUGUCCUCAAAUUGGCUCUUGUAGUUCCCUUUCUGUAGUUGUACAUUCUUUCAGAGGCAGAUUUGGCAGCUAAUGCAUGCAGGUAUGUAUGCGUUUAUGAGAUGUCUUGAUCAUCAACAUAACUGACCAUGUAUGGGCAGUACAACGAUAAGCAUGCAGGACUCUGAACACAGGGCUGUUUGAAACAAGAUUUGCAUGGGAGGUUGGAAUGUACAUGAGGAAGUCCUUGGAGAUUGAAGAGACAAUAUACUCCAAAUGUAAGUGAUCAGAGCCCAUACUGUGUGUUGAGUUUAUACCCAUCACAUUUCUGCUGCAGCCUCAGCUUCGUCAAGCUCUUGUAUUGAAAAAAUAACCAUUUUCAUGUGAUUUCUAUGUGUUUAUUAUGAACGACUGUGACCAAACUGAGACGUGGUGAAUAUGUCAUAGCUUGUCGACUAAUAAUCAUGAAGUACAUUAAAGUAAGAUAAUGUGUACUGUAUAACAAGAUAUAGAAUUGUGGAGGUGAAUCCAUGAAUGCAAUAGACUUCCAAGUCUGCCUGUGGAAGUACACAUUUAGGUCACAUCACGUGAUCCAUCCUGUUGUUUAAGCUAAGUGUACAAAAGUGUUUGCAAAGCUUGUUGCUUGCUUUCUGUUGUCUUCAUAACAGACAAUUUUCUUUUAAAGAUGUAAGCAUGAUUCAUGAAGAUGUAUCGAUCCAUUUCUCUUGUUGGUUUCUUUUUUUUACAAUAUUUAAUGAAAUCUCACAUUUGUAAAUAUUUGUAUUACUUUUGCAUAUCAAAUUCAGAAUCAAAUCUACCGUGUGUUGUAAUGUAUUUGCUUUCUUGAAACAUUGGAAUCUUUUCAAAUGAUUGUGUUAGAAAGCGUCCACUACUAAGGAACUAGCCACUGUAAGAAGGCAUAAUGUGUUUGACCCAAAUUAACUUGAUUUUAUUUGUACCCAUUUCCAUGCAAAGUAGAAAUGGUUCAACUUCUAUCAGUGAUUGCCCCACAUACGACAGUAUGUAUGUGUACGUUUGUGUGUGUGAGAGAGAGAGAGAGAGAGUGAACGACUGAUUGCCUGCAAGUAUGUACUGUACCUGUGUGUGUUUUGUAGCCAUUUGGAUGGGCUCAUGGACGUUACUGCACAGUGUGUCUUCUCUCAGCACCUUGUAUGUGUUCCUGUGAUUGGUUUAAAAUAAUGAUUUAAAUGAA